AUGCCGAGAAGCUCCCGCUGCCGGCUCGGGGACGGGGCGCAGGUGCGCCUGUCACCGGAGCGGCUGCGAGCUCGGGGCCGCCGAGCACAGCGGGGAGGCGGGCUGCCCGCUCUCGAAGCGCGGCAGCUCAUCGAGCGGAGGGGGGCGAGCGGACUCACCCGGGUUCGGCGGGACGGGGCUGGGGCUGCCGCUGCCACCGCCUGGAGAUGGGGUGGUCAGGUUGUUCUGGCUCCCGGCGGCGUUGCGGGGCCGCAGGGACAGAGCACUCGCCGCCGGGGAGAAGCGUUGAGGCUGUGCUGGGGUGAACAGAGGCUGCCGGAGAAGGAUGGUGCUUCUGGGGAAACAACACCCUCCGCUCCCCCCCUCUUCCCGGCGCGGGCGGUCUGCUCGCCUUUGAUUGCGAGGCGAGGGCAUCCUGCCCCCGCCGCUCCCCCCUCCCGGGAUGGUUACAUACAAAGGCUGCUUUCCAGGAACUUUCCAGGAACCGCAUCAUGUGACAGAACCCGCUCCGGCGCCUCCGCCGCGAUCGCGGCCAGCCAGGGCCGACGCACCGAGCCGCCGCCCCUGUCACGCCGGGGCAGCGGUCGCCGAAUGCUGCCCCGCGGCCCCCCCCCCCCCUCCUCCUCCGCCCGCGGGGCCGCGGGCGACGCGCAGAUAGAAGCAGGCGUGGCAGGAGGGAGCGUGAGCUUUCCAGUGGAACACAUGACAGCAGGGACCUGCUCCAGGAGUCUCAACAGGGGCAUCUGUGAACUGGACUGGAGAAUCUUCACGACUCAGACAUCUGAAUCUCAUCUUCAUCCUCCCUUCACAGAGAAGGAAAAUGUACCUCCAGAGAACAACUGUGUGACACAGUCUAUACAAUAAAAUGUUAAAAUAAGAUC